CGACCCAGCACCGCGGGCCUAAGGCGGGCGCCGGGCCCGCGCGGCCGCCGGCACCAUGACGGGCCGCGUGUGCCGCGGCUGCGGCGGCACCGACAUCGAGCUGGACGCGGCGCGCGGCGACGCGGUCUGCACGGGCUGCGGCUCGGUGCUCGAGGACAACAUCAUCGUGUCCGAGGUGCAGUUCGUGGAGAGCAGCGGCGGCGGCUCCGCGGCCGUGGGCCAGUUCGUGUCGCUCGACGGUGCUGGCAAAACUCCAACACUGGGUGGCGGCUUCCAUGUGAAUCUGGGGAAGGAGUCAAGAGCACAGACCCUGCAGAAUGGGAGGCGUCACAUCCAUCACCUGGGCAACCAGCUGCAGUUGAACCAGCACUGCCUGGACACAGCCUUCAACUUCUUCAAGAUGGCCGUGAGCAAGCACCUGACCCGGGGCCGGAGGAUGGCCCACGUGACCGCUGCCUGUCUGUACCUGGUCUGCCGCACGGAAGGCACACCACACAUGCUCCUCGACCUCAGCGACCUGCUUCAGGUGAACGUGUACGUGCUGGGAAAGACGUUUCUUCUCUUGGCAAGAGAGCUCUGCAUCAACGCGCCAGCCAUAGACCCGUGCCUAUACAUCCCACGCUUCGCCCACCUGCUGGAGUUUGGGGAGAAGAACCAUGAGGUGUCCAUGACAGCCCUGAGGCUCCUGCAGAGGAUGAAGAGGGACUGGAUGCACACUGGCCGGCGCCCCUCGGGCCUCUGCGGAGCAGCACUUCUGGUGGCAGCCAGAAUGCAUGAUUUCAGGAGAACCGUCAAGGAGGUCAUCAGCGUGGUCAAAGUGUGCGAGUCCACGCUACGGAAGAGGCUCACAGAAUUUGAAGACACCCCUACCAGCCAGCUGACCAUCGAUGAGUUUAUGAAGAUCGACUUGGAGGAGGAAUGCGACCCCCCCUCGUACACGGCUGGACAGAAGAAGCUGCGGAUGAAGCAGCUUGAGCAAGUCCUGUCAAAAAAACUGGAGGAGGUUGAAGGUGAAAUAUCCACUUACCAAGACGCCAUUGAGAUUGAGCUAGAGAACAGCCGGCCAAAGGCGAAGGGGGCCCUGGCCAGCCUGACAAAGGAUGGCUCCGUCGAGGACACCACCUCCAGCUUGCUUGGAGAGGAGGACACAGAGGACGAGGAGCUGGAGGCUGCUGCCAGCCACCUGAACAAGGACUUCUACCGGGAGCUCCUCGGCAGCAACACCCCGGGCAGCUCGGAAGCCGCAGGAGGCCCUGAGGCGGGCAGCGGGACCCCAGCCCUGGAGUCCCUGCUCGGUCCCCUGCCCACAGCGGCCAGCCUGGGCAUCUCUGACUCCAUCCGAGAGUGCAUCUCCUCCCAGAGCCGGGACCCCACAGACACCUCUGGAGAUGGUGAACUGGACCUCAGUGGCAUUGACGACCUUGAAAUCGACAGAUACAUACUGAACGAGUCGGAAGCCCGCGUGAAGGCCGAGCUGUGGAUGAAGGAGAACGCCGAGUACCUGCGAGAGCAGAGGGAGAAAGAGGCGAGGAUAGCCAAGGAGAAGGAGCUCGGCAUCUACAAGGAGCACAAGCCCAAGAAGUCUUGCAAACGACGGGAACCCAUUCAGGCCAGCACGGCCGGGGAGGCCAUCGAAAAGAUGCUGGAGCAGAAGAAGAUCUCCAGCAAGAUCAACUACAGUGUGUUGCGGGACCUCAACAGCAUGGGCGCGGGCAGCCCGCGGCGGGAGGACGCCCGGCCCGAGGACAGGGCCAGUGCCAGGAAGCUGUCACGGAGGAGAACGCCUGCCAGCAGAAAUGGGGCUGACCCUGUGACCAGCGUGGGGAAGAGGUUGAGGCCUCUGGUGUCUACACAGCCAGCUAAGAAGGCGGCCGUGGGAGAGGCCUUGCUCCCGAGCCCCCCUGCCCUUGGAGCUGAGCCGGUCAGGCCCGAGGCAGUCCUCGUGGAGAGUGGACCUGUGUCUUACCACCCGGACGAGGAGGCAGAUGAGGAGGACCCUGACGAGGAGGAUGGGGAGCCCUGCGUCAGCGCCCUGCAGAUGAUGGGCGGCAGCGAUUACGGCUGUGAUGGUGACGACGAUGAAGGCUACUAGGCGUGGCCUUGAGGUCAGCAGCACCCUGGCGGUGGCCCCACCGUGUCUACUGAGGAUCAGAUGGGCCUCCCAGGCUGUGCUCACAGGCAUGGGGGCCCAGACUGAGGCAAUGGGACGAGUGCCGCCCCACCUGCUCCACAGCGCUCGUCCCACGGCCACAUGUGGCCUCCGUGGUACUUACUGUUGGGAUCAUGUUUUGAGCAAUGGAAGGAAUAUUUUUACCCAGCAAGAGAAACCGGACUGAAUGUCUGCGUGUGUCUGAUUGGACGUGGCCGGGAGUGCCCAAGGCUGCAUCCCACGGCGUGGCCCAGCCUGCUGGCCCUCAGCACACCCAAGAACCCUCAAAGGUGGGCACUCAUGUCCCCACUGUAAGGAAACUGAGGCGUGAGGCAGCCCCACUGCUGGUCCGAGGGAGCGGAGGGCUGAGCGUGGUGGCCCUGAGGCUCUGGGACCCAGCUCUGGAGCCCUUGGCCCGAGUGCUCCACUUUCGUCCGCCCCGUCCGCCUGAGAAGCUCUGCGUCCAGCCCCCUCUGCUGGAGCCUGGUGUCAGGGAAGGCAGUGGGAGGUCAAGGUCUCCCCGAGGUCAGUGGGCGCUUGGUGGCUCCCCCACACUGGGUGGCCGUGUUGGUCCGGAGAUGGCCCUCAGCUGCCAGCUGCAGCCCCUCCUCCUGACCCCACCGCCCUCAGGUCCCGCCCACUGCCUUGCAGCGCCUGGAGCUCCAGGGCCCCGGGGGUCCACCCAGGAGCCUGUGCGGCUGCGCGUGGUGGACGAGUGUAGUCUGGCAGCUCUGCCACAUCUGCGUUUACCGCUCCCUGGGUGAUGUGGCCAGCCUGCCUGGUGUCCUGGCACGGGGCGUGCCUGUGGCACAGAGCUGGGACUGGGCUCUGCGUCCAUGGAGGGAGGGCGGGGGGUCCCUGAGGCCCAGGGCUCUUCACUGGGAGGCCAAGGACCACUGCAGGGUCUUAGCUCGGGCAUCUGUGCCCGAGGGGAAUGGCAGGUGCUUCCAGCCCUGGAUGUGGCUCUAACCUGUCCCCCUAGGAGAGGGGGCCUCGAUGGCAGAGCUGUGCCACAGUGCCCUCCUGGGGCCCAGCCCUCAGCCUUCUGGGGGGGUGGGUUGGGCGUUCUGCCCAUCGCUUGGCCUCCAGCAGGCCAGACCACACCCCCAGAGUGCAGCAGAGUCCUCGUGGCUGUGCACCUCUGCCUCCACCCUGUGGCCAGCCUGCAUCCCUGGCUUCUAGAAGGUUGGGGGGGAAGAUGGAUUUAG